ACGAACACAUUGCAAGAGGCUCGCCGGUUUCACACAUUAUCAAAUUAGCCAAUAUUUACAGAGCAUAUACAGAGUGGGACGUCUCUAGGUGCUGCUUGGAUCAUACUUCUGGAAGUGUCGGUGUGUGAGCUUACGUGCUGUAUCUGCGUUUACAGCAGGGAUAUCAGAGUUACAUACCUUGUCUGACAAUACCAAGUCAUCUCGGAGUGGAAACUCCUAAUAGCUUUUGUUGGAAAGCUGACAAGUAACGGAGUCAAGAUGAGUGACAUGAGUGACCUUGACAGACAAAUUGAGCAGCUGCGUCGCUGCGAGGUGAUCAAGGAGAGUGAGGUGAAGGCCUUGUGUGCCAAAGCGCGGGAAAUCCUGGUGGAAGAGAGCAACGUGCAGAGAGUUGACUCCCCUGUCACGGUAUGUGGAGACAUUCACGGUCAAUUCUAUGACCUCAAGGAACUGUUCAAAGUUGGAGGUGAUGUCCCCGACACAAACUACCUAUUCAUGGGGGACUUCGUAGACAGGGGUUUUUACAGUGUGGAGACAUUCCUACUACUUCUAGCUCUUAAGGUCCGAUACCCAGACAGGAUAACCCUGAUCCGUGGCAACCACGAGAGUCGGCAGAUCACGCAGGUGUACGGCUUCUACGAUGAGUGUCUCCGCAAGUACGGCUCCAUCACCGUUUGGAGAUAUUGCACAGAGAUCUUUGACUAUCUCAGCUUGUCAGCAAUUAUUGAUGGGAAGAUAUUCUGCGUCCAUGGUGGCCUCUCACCGUCUAUUCAGACACUUGAUCAAAUCCGGGCUAUUGAUCGUAAACAGGAAGUGCCACACGACGGACCCAUGUGUGACCUGUUGUGGUCGGAUCCAGAAGACAUGCAGGGCUGGGGGGUGAGUCCGCGGGGAGCAGGGUACCUGUUUGGCAGUGACGUUGUGGCACAGUUUAAUGCUGCUAACGACAUCGACUUGAUCUGCCGAGCACAUCAGCUGGUGAUGGAGGGAUACAAGUGGCAUUUCAAUGAAACAGUAUUAACAGUGUGGUCCGCCCCCAACUACUGCUACAGAUGUGGGAAUGUGGCUGCUAUCCUGGAGCUAGACGAACACUUGCAGAGGGACUUCACAAUCUUUGAGGCAGCACCACAGGAAUCACGAGGUAUACCGUCGAAGAAACCACAGCCAGACUACUUCCUUUAACCAGCGUCAUCUGUAGUCUCCAUGUUCAUCCCAUUGUAAGAUACUCAUUUCACCGUCAUCACAUCAUCAACACAGAGGACACAAGACAGUGUCAGCAGCCGAACUGGAGGUCUCUCCUGUCUCACAGUGUCAUGACCUCCGAGACCGAGGUCAGGUCAAGUGCUGCGUGUUUGGGAGUCUGGAUUCAUGACAGCAUCGCUGACACCUUGUACACUGCAGUCUGUGGAAACUGUGAAGAAAUUGUGUGAUUGUUUUCUGGCCUCUGUGGAGAAACACUUCAGUGUGUUCUCAGACUACUGAAUCUAGCUACCUGUCAUUUUACCUAUAUUUGUAUUUUAUUUUUUCUCCAAAAUUGUUGAUAUUCAUGUACAAUAAAGAAUUUGAACAAGUCCUGUUUACAUUUUAGAUGUACGAAAUGAUGACGAUGAUGAAUUAGUGUAUGUUUGAUCAUGUUGAUGUCAUUCCACAUUGGAAUGGAGACAUAGUUACUAACAUUGAAACAAGCUUGUGGAAGUGACUGUGUCGAACGCUGACAUAUAUCACACUGAUUUGGUCAGCAACACAGCCCCACUGUCCUCAGAGCUAGAUUGAAGCUGACCCUUUGUGUGACAUCAGGUGUGUGUGUGUCAGUUCUGUAAAGGAUUUGUAUUGUCUGUCAGUGUAUGGCUGGGGGAGGGGUGGGGGGCUUCAGGUAGCAGGUAUAUAGCACUGUACCAUGGCUUCAGAUUGUUCAGAUUGGUUGAAUACUUGUGAACGAUGGGCCCGGUAUUCGACCCUCAGGCCAUGGAGACCCUAGUUGCUCAGAAAUAGAGGGUGAUUUGUAAUUUAAGGGAUCAAUGACCUGGUCUUUGGACAAUCUGAAGCACUGCUGUGUUGUAGGUAAGAUAGGACAUAUAUCCUGAUAUUUUAGAUUAUAUUUAAUCUGUCUGCAGAUAAUAAUAUUUUGUUUGAUUAGAGUGUGGAUUUGUUGCAACAUGCCAAGACAGAAUAAUAUCCUAAUAUCUUCAUUGGGUUUUGUCUUGAUGUCCCAGGGUUCCAGCUACAAAAUUUCACUUCUGAUGUGUGAUUUACUUAGUGUCUGAGAUCAGGCUACAGUAUGUUUCCACACCCUGGGUAAGACCAAAACAGGAUUGGAAUCUUGCCAUUUCACACAGCUUUAUUAUUUUUGGAUAAGACCCCUUUCAUAGAACCUCCCGAUUUUAUGAUAGGUGUGAGCUAUUUCACUUACAUGCCCCAGAAUCGUCAUUCUACCUGGUUCAUAUUGAUGGGGCCAAGUCGUCUAAGGCUCCACAAUUCACUGUGGGGAGUUUCAUCCUUAAGGCAUACCUUAAAAUAUUUUCUUGUGAGUUCAUAUCCAAGCUUAGCCCUGUUUCUAGGUUUUCAGCACCAUACCAUACUUGUGGGUAAAUGUCAAGACAUGCAUCACUCCCACAUCAACUGGCCCUCCGUUAUGUAACUGACGGAAAACUGUUCAAGGUGAUGUCAAACCCAGCCCACAGAGUUACUUCCUUGAACUGCCUGUUUACUGUGUGUUGAAGAUAUGAGCCCGUGUUAACUUCACCCUGUGUGUUUGUGCAUCCUCGGUCAUCCAGGGUGUUAUAUACUACUCAAAAGAAGUUCAGGAACACUGAUUCUUUCAUAUUGCUAUAGUGAAUCUGUCAAACCAUGACUGAUUAACUAUGUUAAUAUGAAAGAAACAGGUGUUCUUAAACUUCUUUUGAGUGCAUAUUUUGAACACAACAUUUUGAAUCUAUAGCGGCAAAGGAGUGCCAGGUAUGUAUCCUGAUACGGAGAUAUUAUACCCUGGAUAAAUGAGGAUGGUGUCUGUGUGAGUGUAGUCCACCAGCGGUACUUCCCAGCCGAGUUGCUUCACCUUGUCAUAUACCAGCACAGCAUAUCACUCAUUGUAAUAUAAUAGUUGACGCUCAUCUCUUGUCAUUGCUUCUGUGUUCUUGUGUUGACCAUCUUUCCCCAGCUUGUAUGUACAUGUUUAAACUCUGCACAUCAUUGAUGAGAGGUGUAUAUUUUUCUAUGGCAAUUUCAUCAAUAUGUAACAAUAUUACAGGACCAUUCUGUCCAUGCAUCUGUGAGUAUCCCACAGUGCAACCCAACCUGUUGUAUAGUUAUCUCCCUUACAUGUUCCUCUGGACACUGAAUGGCAGUGGACUUUACCACACGGAAUGUCAUGUACUUGGACCAAACAGCCAGAAAUGAUUGUCAGUGCCUGCACAAAGGGGAGAUAAUUCAUAGAUUUUCCUGCCUCGGCUCAAUAGGUUAGUUGAUGACAGUGAUGUGUGGAUCGGCCCCCACUGUUGCUUCACACAGGACAAUCAUAGGAGCCGUCAUUCAACAGCUACCUUUACAAUAAGCAUUACCACUGUGGAGGGGGAGCGUCAGGAGCUCCGUUCCCCACACUUGAAUAUACAAGGUCCCAGUGUUAUGGAAUAUGGUAUAUCAGUUUCCAUAGUUACAGGAUAUGGUAUAUCAGUUCCCAUAGUUACAGGGUAUGGUAUAUCAGUUUCCAUAGUUACAGGGUAUGGUAUAUCAGUUUCCAUAGUUACAGGGUAUGGUGUAUCAGGUCCCAUAGUUACAGGAUAUGGUAUAUCAGUUCCCAUAGUUACAACAUAUGGUAAAUCAGUUCCCAUAGUUACAGGGUAUGGUAUAUCAGGUUCCAUUGUCACAGGAUAUGGUAUAUCGGGUCCCAUAGUUACAGGAUAUGUUAUAUCAGGUCCCAUGGUCACAGGAUAUGGUAUAUCAGUUCCCAUGGUUACAGGAUAUGUAUGGUUUAUCAGGUCCCAUAGUCGCAGCAUAUGGUAUAUCAGGUCCCAUAGUUCUAGCAUUUAUCAUAUACAAGUCCCAUGUGUGUGGAAUACAAAAUAUACUCAGUUCAACAGAUAUGGGAUAGGACUUAUAUCAAAACCCAUGGGCAUGAAACAGAGCUGUAUGUCAGCACCAACAAUAUGGCACUUCUCAAAGUGUGGGCCCAGCAAUGCACUGGGGAAUACAUGUAAUGAUUUUGCUGUUCACUAUUUGAGUGCUGAAGGCUAUAACUGGUUUAGAAGACGAGAUACUUUUGGUAUUUGUACAGCAGAAUAAUAAUCAUGUUUAUAAACUUGUCAAACAUGUACGUGGGUAAGUGGCGGACAAUAUGCAUUUGGCUGACUGAGGCUCCUGUCAUAUUUUCAUGUCUCAACAUCAAAAUAUUUUUCUAUUUUACACAUAAGCCAAUGUACACUUGUGUCCAAACUGUUUCAUAUUUACAGAAUCAAAUGACCUAAUAUAUAUGCUUCAACGUUUGCAAGGGAUUGAGAUAUUUACAUGCAUAUAUAUAAUCAGUUUGGUGUAACAUGGAAAAAAUAAGAUUGUCCCAACCAAAUGAUGAGUGUGCGAGAGUACAGUAGCAUCAUUCGCACUUUAGGCAUCAGUUAGCUCAUUAGAUUAGCUUUACCUUCAUCAUCAAAGUGUCUAUGGCUAGAAGUGGCGUAUGUGUGUGUACCUUGUUUCUGGAGUGGCUUCAGCUGUCUUUCAGCAGUCUUUCAGCAGAUCAUACACAAGUGAUGGAAGGACACCUGGACUUUCAUGCCUAAGUAAAACAUGGGUUCCCUUGAUUCAAUACUAUAGCAGCACACUUCGAGGACCCCAGGGCCCCCUAAAGUUGGAAUACUGCAGCAAUAUUGCUGAAACUAGUAUUUGAUAAACCAUCAUUUUUCUUUAACCUGCCAAGAUCCUUUUACUUGAUAGCCUUGUUGACAAAAUCCAAAAGCUUCUGUUCAUUUCCAUCGUUGUUAUACAAGGCUUUAUAGGUAAUCACUAGGAUCUCGACAACAAUUAUGUCGCAGCUGUAUCAGCAAUAAGUGUAUAGAUCAGUCCCCUAUUCCAUAUUCCAGAACUUGAUCUGUUGUACAUGGACCUGUGUUGGUCGUUGGUCUAUGACAACCGUUUCACACUGAGGCCUCUCAGGUUUCCACCAGUUUCCUCUUGUACAUAUGUCAUGCUGUACAUUGCUGCCCUAUUUUGAUGCUGUGUCCAGUAUGACUGUCUGUGCUCACACAAGUCUCUAACAAUUGUAUAUUAUUACAUGAAUGAAUUAUGACAAUAAAACAUGUCUGUUUC